CAAUAUCGGACGAAUGGAUAAUCAACAACAUAAUAAGAAAACUGGAACACGAUCAACGCCAACAAUCAAAAAUCGUGAAAUAUUACGAUCAAAAUCAUUGAGUGAUUUACGUUCAAAUGGCAAAAAACGAUCGUCCAAAAAAAGUCUUGGCUUUCCUACCAAACAGAAAACACCGGCAAGUUUACCUAAAAAAAGCCUAAGUCGAUCGGAAUCACCUAAAUUAACUGAAUCAAUGAAAGAAAUGGCCAAAGUAUUACAACAAUGUCCAUUAAGUAAUUCCGAAGAGAUGAGACGAUUACGUUCGAUAGAAAAAUUGGCUAAUCGAACAAGUUCAUCAUCGUUACGUCAUAAAGAUCAGCGAACAAAAUCGAUUAGUAAACAUCAACCACAAAGGAAACCAUCAAGCGAACAAAAUGUAAAUCUUUGUGAACGUGAAGCAUCAACUGCUUGUCAGAUAAAAUUGGCUUUAUUGCGUAAAAUUGAUGCAAAAACAACAACUACAACAACCAGUAGUAGUAGUCAUCGUAAACGAAAUCGUAGACCAAUGAAUGAACAACAACAAUUACUACGUCCUGGACAGGGUAUUCUAGAACGUGCACAAAAAGCUGAAUGUACAUUGUAUGGCCUGAAAGUUGUACGUGAAACAAUGACAAAAAUUCUAACACAAUCAAAACAGGAACAAAUACGUAAAAAUCCACGAACAUUGGAAAAAUAUCGUAUCCUGUUAUCGGAACCAUUCAAUCAGAUGUCAAUAAUAAUGGAUCAUUUAGGAUUAACCGGUGCAUUCGGUAUCACCAAGGAACAUUUGGAUUUAUUUCAAAAAUAUCCUGUCCGUUGUUUCAUUAAUGUUACAUAUGAAUUGCCAUUAUUUCAACCAAAUGAUUGUGAAUCAUAUCGGGUACCAGUUGCCGAUGAUAAAGAUGAAGAUCUUAGCCGCUAUUUUGAUGAUGUUACGGAAAAAAUUGAACAAAUACAUCGCCAUAAUCAUGCAACUAUUGUACAUUGUAUGGCUGGUGUAUCACGGUCAGCAUCAUUCAUAAUUGCUUAUCUAAUACGUUAUCAACGAAUGACAAUGAAAGAAGCAUUUGAACAUACAAAACGUUCACGUUCAUGUAUUAAUCCAAAUAUUUCAUUUCUUGAACAAUUAGUACAAUUUGAACAAAAAUGUCAUGAUAAUAAUCAUCAUAAUAAUCGUAAUAAUAAAUCCAUGAUGACAAAAAUGAUUAAACAUUCAAUGAAUGGUAUUGAAAAAGAAUUGCCAGAUUUUAUUAUCGAUAAUUAUCUAGAUGAAUAUCUACAUGAAUUUGAAUUGGAUUAAUAUAGAAACAAAAAAAAAUUAAAUUACACACCCAUUACACAUUUACAUCAAUCACAUUAAUCUUAAUAAAUCGAUCAUUUGACAAUGAUA